UUUUGAUUAGUAAACAAGGUAAACAACAAAAACAUUGAAGUUCAAUGAUUGAUCUUGCAUAAACAAACGAAAGAUUAUAACAGAAGCUGCUAUGGACCAUUUAAAGGCUGACGACGACUUUAAGAACCUCCUGUCAACUCUUGUUCCCCAAAAUCAUUUGGCUAAUGCACUCGACGCCAAUAGAACAACCAAAAAGGCAUUCAGGAUCCUUUUUGAGAAGAGGAAAAUCCCGGAAAAUGGAUGGAGUGACUUUAUGAUAGAGCAAAUGGUUCAAUACCUUUCAUCCUUAGACAGCAACAAUUUCCCCAAUAAAUGCGGAGUUGGAGAGAGGGAAGCUCGAAUUUAUUGCAGUCUCGUUGCCCGUCGGCAUUACAGCUUCGGUCAUGGUAUUGGCAGAUCCGGUGAUCUGGAAGAAUCACAACCGAAAGCAGUUGGAUCCAGCAUCAUGAAUCAGUUGACCAAUGAAAUGCUAUUAGACUUGUACAGCACAUUGACGUCACAUAAGUUCAAAAAAACCGUUCUGGUUCCGAUGGCUACCGGCAUGACAUUAGCUCUGUGCCUGUCGACCAUUAAGAAAACUCGUCCGAAUGCCUCCUACGUGUUGUGGUCGCGAAUCGAUCAGAAGUCGUGCUUCAAGAGCAUCCUGGUGGCGAAUCUCACACCAAUCAUCAUUGACACUGUUCCAACGGAAAACGGUCUGUCGACAAACGUUCCAGCAUUCCAGCAAAAAAUCGAGGAACUCGGACCGGACAAUAUUGUGGCCAUUUUCUCCACGACCAGUUGCUUCGCUCCUAGACAAUGUGACGAUGUGUCUGUCUUAUCGUUGCUGGCUAAAGAAAAGGACAUCCCGCACCUGGUGAACAAUGCGUACGGAAUGCAAAGUAAACGGAUUAUGAAUAAAAUUGGCAACGUGAUGGCCAACAAGGAUUGUCGGUUGGAUCUGAUAGUGCAGAGCACGGACAAAAAUUUAAUGGUUCCCGUGGGUGGUGCUGUAGUCGCUGGAAAUGGAGAAUUGAUUGAACUAGUGGGCAAACAAUACGCUGGACGGGCAUCGUCGUCGCAAACGUUGGACGUUUUCAUGACAUUGUUAGCAUUGGGAAAGAAUGGAUACUUGAAGUUGGUGGACGAACGGAAUUCAGUGUUUCAGUAUAUGAAAAGUGCGCUGAUGGCGCUGAACACGACCGAUGUCAUUGCAACAAAAGAAAAUCCAAUCUCCGUAGCGGUGACGCUACGUUCGCUGCAGACAGAAAUGAACGUAGGAUCCAUGCUAUUCAAACGGGGAAUAUCGGGUGCACGGUUUGUGUCGAGCGGUGAAAUCAAAUCAAUCGACGGAUAUACAUUUGAAGGAUGGGGUACGCACAGUUCAAGGGCUAAUAUCAACGCGGCGUACUUGACAAUGGCUGCAGGAAUUGGUAUCGAAAAGGCAGAUGUUGAUGUUGUCAUGGAAAAGCUGAUUGAAGUUCUCGAUAAAAUAAAAUCCAUCUCAAACGUCUGAACAGAAUGGUUUUAUUGUGAAGCGAAUAAUAUGGCAACACAUUUAGUCUGAGGGAUAAAUCGAUCCUAAUGAUAAU